UAGGCAAAGGUCAUCUUGCUAUAGCUAGCUACUGCAUGUAUACUGUACUGGCGCAUGGCAUGGAGAGUUAGAGCUAUGUACCUCCAAAUCAUCUCUGUAACUCUGCUCCUACUUCAUUCAACUUCAACUGUUGAAGGAGGAAUCCAACGAAACUGUGAAAAUGCUCAUCCUGGAACCAUUACGAUAUUCUACCAGAAUACAACAAGUCAGUUCAAUUCAUUACAAGAGGCAUUGGAUUUUACUGUAGCAGCUAACAACUCAUGGUCUGAAGCAACCACUGUUUGCUUACCGCCAGGUUAUUAUGAACUAACAAAGCAAAUUCACUUUGGGGAACUAAGCUUAAUACUAAUCGGAAGCAAGAAUACCAGCUUUAUUGAAUGCAGUUAUGAGCCUCCUCCAUUGGAAGAGGGAAUUGAUUACACCUGGCACUUCAAUCAUUCUAACGUGCUUUACCUUCAACAUAUCAAAUUCAACAAUUGCUCCUAUCCUUUCAGGGCAAUAGCUCUACAAAAUGUCAGUGUUCAGGACUGCACCUUCACAUACUUCUCUGAAGCUGUGUUUGAUAUUUUCAACUGUGAGAUUGUGCAAUUGGAAAGAUCACAUUUUCAUUACAACAGAGGAACUGGCAUUCUGUUUGAGAUAGUUCGAGGUAAUACAGGAGCAGUGGCAUUAGGUUACUCUCAAUAUCCAAACUUUCUAAACCAACCUCGUGUGUCUAUCUCAAACUGUGAGUUUAUCAACAAUAUGGCACUGGCAUCAUCAGAGUUUCUCACAUCGGAACGAGCUGUGUCGAAUAGGGUGUUCACUGGUAGAGGAGGGGGCAUUGGAAUCUUCAUCGAUGAGUCUAAUCAGAGUGUAAUACUAGAUAUGAUUGACUGUAAACUUCACGGAAACUUUGCGCGAUCAUACGGUGGAGGAAUAUACAUUCUUUUGAAUGGAUAUGGUACACAACAUGUUUUGACUUUCACUAGAGUCAAUAUUGUUCGUAAUACCGGGGGCCUUGGAGGAGCUGGUGUGCAAUUGAGUUAUCUGUCAGCUACAGACAGUUAUGUGCCUCCUCAUACGGCAGUUUUUAGAGAAUGCAACUUUGAGGACAAUAUAGGGGAAGCUGGUGGUGGUUUGUAUGUCUUUACCUCGUUCAUAGGAGCUCAUGGGAUGUACUUUAGAUUGGAUGGUUGCAACUUCACUGGAAACAGAGGCCCUGAAAGUGUCAAUGAAUUUGGAGCUGCAGUGGUUGUGUCUCUCUUUACGAUAUUCCAGCAGCGAGUGACAGCAGAGAGGCAUGACAUUGUCAAUUGUACAUUCUCUGGAAACACUGGUCGAAAUGGAAUUGUGAGUAUUGGGUACUCUCCUAUCAGAUUUUCCGGGACCAAUAAUUUCAUAAAUAAUUCUGGAGCAUCAGUCAGGAUUGUUGGAAGCCUGGUCGACUUUUUUGGAGACCUUUCGUUCAUCAAUAACACUGAUACAGUUGAAGGAGCCCUCAGUUUACUUUCUUUUGGACAGAUGAGGGUUAACAGAGGACUACACAUAAACUUUAAUGGCAACAAAGGGAGGCUUGGAGCUGCUAUCACUGUGACCACUCCGGGCACAUCAACAGCUUUCCUGAGCCUCUUGUACAACUCUGCCUGUUUUGCCACGUACGAGGACACGCUGGUCACUCCCACUGACUGGGAGGAUGUUAAUAUAGAUUUCCAAGACAACAGUGCCGUGUUAGCCUCAGCCUUGUACCUUUCCAGAAUCGGUGAAUGUUCGUGGUUCAGUCAGAACCCUCCCUAUUUCAGACAUACUUUCUUACGGGACUGGCCUAUCUGGAACUUUGGGAACAACACUAACACAGGCUACUCAGAUUCUCACAGUGUCGAUCACUAUGUAGGAACCUUAGCAACGGAGAUAACAGCUAACAUUGAUGAAGUUACCUCCUGGCCUGGAGAAAGAUAUCAAAUGUCUAUCAGCGGUAUUGAUGAAUUUAACCAAGUCACAUCGACAAAUGCUCGACUCUUUCAAGUUACUGAGGACACACCUUCCAUCAAAUUUAACCCUGAGAUUGUUGUGGUAGCUGGAUCGUUCGCUAAUGGCCUGCUCACUGAUGAGUUUCCCAUAACAUACUCUCUCAAGUACGAGGAAGCUCUCCUUAAACUUGUUAACCAGUCGUCUCUGACUAUUGGCAUGGGAGAACCAUUUGAAACACUUGCAAUAUCGGCUGAAAACUUCACAAUACGAGCCGAAGUUUGUCCUGGAGGGUACCAGCUAAUGUCGGACAACUCAGCCUCAUCUCAGCAGAUUGUCACGUGUCAGUGUCUGGAUAUUCCUGAAGUGGUGGAAUGUGAAGAUGAUCAAGACAGUGUCAUCAUCAAAGUCAGUGGUGAAUAUCAGAUCAGUUUACGGGAUAGCUACUGGGCUGGCUAUGUUGAGGCGGGCACUCCCAACCUGUUCUUCCACCCCUGUCCUCCUGGUUACUGUCAGUGCUCACUCAACAGCAGUCUGGGCCCACAGAAAUGUGUCUACACUUACACUCACAGUAACCAGGACCUGCAGUGCACACCUGAGAGAGAGGGUAUUUUGUGUGGCUCGUGCAAGGCAGAGUACGGAUUGAGUGUUCUCCUCAAUAAAUGUGUCAGCUGCUCGAAUGGAUACAUCACUUUGCUCAUUGUUCUUGUAUUCGCUGACAUCUUGGCCCUCACGGCCAUAGCAUUGAUAGACAGACCAUUACCGCAAUGGCUCUACCCACUUAUUUUCUACGUACAAAUAUCUCCUUAUGUUUCUGAGUUUUUUCCAGAAAGUUUUGAUACUGUUGGAGUGUAUAUGACGUACAUGAAGAGUGCUAUGGGAUUCUAUUUUGUAUACGACUUUUGCCUGCUCAAUAGUUUACCUCCAAUUGCAUCAUACUUUAUUCGCUAUAUUCCCAGUAUCACAGCUUUUAUUGUCUGUUUGACUAUUCAAAUAGUCCGAAAGUAUUUCCUCAAGAUGAAGUCUCUCAAUCACCAUGGUUAUUGGCUGAUAGUGAUUCUCCUCUACCCUCAGCUGGUCCACACCUCUAUCUCAUUACUCAACUGUCCUCAGCUGCCAGACUCUACUGGGAGAACUUCAGCCCGAUGGUUUGUGGAUGCGAGUGUGCAGUGCUUUAGCCAGUGGCAUAUGCUGCUGACUCUCUUUUCUAUCGCUGCUCUGUUCAUCUGUUUCACGAGCAUCAUCGCUUUCGUGCUCAUCUCUGUGAAGAUACAGAUACCUGCAUUUUUCAAGAAGUUCAUUCCUUCAUUGGUUAUUGCCUACAAAGAGGAGUGCAAAUGGUGGUCAGGUGUGGAGUUGGGACGAAGAUUAUUACUACUGGUUCUUCUGAUCUCAUUUCCUCGAAAUAAUGUUUAUUCAAUCUUAUCGCUUGUGUUCCUGCUAGCUGGAUAUUCUUAUCUCCUACCAUAUAAGUCAAGAGUGGCUAAUGCAUUUGAAGUGAUAUUGCUGUUCAACUUGAUUGUACUGAUGCUGCUCGAUGCGACCCCACUUGUUAAGGAGUCCUUGUUUUUGUUUGAGGCAGGAGUGGAAGUUAGUCCCAUUAAUUGGUUGCUCUUCUCGUUUUACUACCUGCCUAUUUUGCUGUUGGUUGGACUUCUUAUUGGUCUGGCAAUGCACAAGUUACUGAACAAGUGUAGAGCAGACAGGAGCAGUGAGGAUGAUCAAAUUACAGGAGUCGUUAAUCCCAUCACAUUAUCAAAAACUGAAGCCACGAGUCAAAUUGUACAUAUAGAUGACCUCGAUGAUUUGGAAGAAGAAGAUGUGUUGGUGUGAAAUUCGACACUGAGAAUUGAACCAAUUCAUGCAUGCAAGUACACUUUUUUUUUACAAUCAGCAUGCAUAUACAUACAUUACUUCACUCUAAUUGUGCCAUAAUUCAAAGGGGUGUACUUUUCAUUGUAAGGGAAGUAUAAUUAUUUGUAUGUCAGUAA